AUGUCUGCUCCAGCAGCUAACGAUGUCGUUUCUUUUAAGGACCGGGCAAUGGCCGAUCACGCUAAAUCCCACAACGAUCUCCUUGUCAUCGAGCUGACGAUCCAGGACAUCAACGUAGCAAGAGUGUUGGUCGACACCGGAUGCUCGGCCAAUAUUAUCUACAAAAGCACCCUCAAAAGAAUGGAGAUCGAUCUGUGCGCCGUUACGGAGAGACCCAGCCAGAUAUUCGGACUCUCGGGAAAUGCUACUAUGACUCUCGGCUCGAUCGACCUCGUUGUUAAAGCCGGGAGCGUAACCAAAGUCACGGAAUUCUUAGUCAUCGACCGCCCAACAUCGUACAACGCGAUCGUCGGUACUCCAAGGCUGAAUUCCAUAAAGAACUUGGCGAUCGAAACUUCCCAUAAAAAGAAAAGAAAGCUGACUCUCAAUGAGAACACUCCGAAACGAGACUCAAAAGUCUUCUGGCAAUCUCAAAGGGCCGAAGCCCUAGAAGGGAAGCGCGAACCGACUUCCGAACCGGUAAUUUCGAUCUGCCUCGACGAAUCCUCUCCGGAACGAUGCGUCGAGAUUGGAGCCAACCUCCGCGAGCCACUAAAGACAGAGCUCAUUGCCUGUCUCAAAAAGAACCUCAAUGCGUUCGCUUGGGCCGCGGAAGACAUGCCAGGGAUCGAUAUCGGCAUAACGUGUCAUGAGCUUAACAUUGAUCCGACUUACAGACCUGUCAUACAAAAAAGGCGGAAGCUAGGACUGGAGCGUGCCACUGCGCUCGGCAAGACUAUGGAGGUAUAUAUCGAUGACAUGCUCGUAAAGUCUCUUGACGAGCACGACCAUGUCUCCCAUUUGGAGGAGUGCUUUGCAAAACUUAACGCCCACAACAUGAAACUGAACCCUGCAAAGUGUAGAUUCGCGGUGGCAUCAGGAGAAUUUCUCGGGUACCUAGUCACGUGUCGUGGGAUCGAAGCCAAUCCUAAGCAGAUAAACGCGUUAAUAGAGAUGGUCUCGCCAAGGACGAAAUGGGAAGUCCAAAGGCUAACCGGAAGAGUCGCGGCCUUGAACCGUUUCAUCUCGCGCUCGACGGAUAAGUGUCUUCCUUUCUACAACACGCUGAAAGGGAAUAAGAAGUUCGAAUGGUCGGAGGAAUGUGAGAAAGCUUUCCAACAACUAAAACGUUACCUAGCCACUCCUCCCGUCCUCGCAAAACCAGUGGAGGGAGAACCCUUGUUCCUGUACAUCACAGUCUCCACAACAGCGGUAAGCGGCAUUUUGAUUAGAGAGGAACGCGGUGAGGAAAAACCAAUCUUCUACAUAAGCAAAACAUUACUGGACGCUGCGACCCGGUAUCCCCUUAUGGAGAAACUAGCAUUCGCAGUUGUGACAUCGGCAAGGAAACUCCAGCCGUACUUUCAGUCGCAUACCAUAAAAAUCCUCACCACCUUCCCCCUACGAACGAUCUUGCACAGUCCGAGUCAGUCAGGACGACUCGCAAAAUGGGCAAUCGAACUAAGCGAGUACGGCGUGGAGUACCGCCCAAGAACCUGCGCAAAAUCUCAAUUAGUCGCAAAUCAGUACAGCGGAGAAUACGAAGCAAGGGACGAAAGAAUGGAUGCAUAUCUAAAACUCAUCCAAGACCUCUCCCGAGACUUCAACCACUUCGUCCUCACUAGGAUUCCUCGCUCGGAAAACACUCAGGCGGAUGCCUUGGCCGCACUCGCAUCAAGUUCGGAUUCAGGAAAAAGACGAGUAAUCCCCGUCGAGUUCAUCGAACACCCAAGCAUCGGACCACCAGUGGUUGCCAACCUGAUUCGAGCACAAAUCAAAAAUGCGUAG